AUGCCUACAUUACAAAAAAAACUUCUAUCACUUGCAUUAAAAGAAGUCUUUGAGAUUUUAGCAAAUGAUAUUAAAACACUUUAUUCUUGUACACAAGUAAAUUCCGAAUGGUUUUGUGAAGCAUCUCCAUUAUUGUGGCAUGAUCUUUUUUCAAAUAAAUCAAAGACACACUUUGCUAUAGGAACUUACAAGAAAUGUAUCACCUCUGGCAAAAUUUCGAAAGAUGAAAGACAUCAUCCAACUUUCCUUCUUCUUCAGCGUAUUGAAAUAGAUUACGGAUAUG